GAAGCCGGCUUUGGGGGCCGCGCUGUGGCAGCGGCAACAUGGCGGACCUGCUAAGUGUCGGCGUGAACCUGGAGGCCUUUGCCCAGGCUAUCAGUGCCGUCCAGGCGCUGCGCUCCAGCGUGAGCAGGGUGUUCGACUGCCUGAAGGAUGGCAUGCGGAACAAGGAGACGCUGGAGGGCCGGGAGAAGGCCUUCAUUGCGCAUUUCCAGGACAACUUGCACUCGGUCAACCGGGACCUCAAUGAGCUGGAACGUCUGAGCAAUCUGGUCGGCAAACCGUCUGAGAACCAUCCUCUCCAUAACAGCGGCCUGUUAAGCCUGGAUCCUGUGCAGGACAAAACCCCUCUCUAUAGUCAGCUCCUUCAGGCCUAUAAAUGGUCCAACAAGCUGCAGUACCACGCAGGUCUGGCAUCUGGCCUUUUGAAUCAACAGUCAUUGAAAAGGUCUGCUAACCAGAUGGGAGUGUCCGCCAAACGCAGACCAAAGGCUCAGCCCACCACUCUUGUCUUACCACCUCAGUAUGUUGAUGACGUGAUCAGCCGCAUUGACAGGAUGUUUCCUGAAAUGUCCAUCCAUUUAUCCAGACCCAACGGAACAUCAGCAAUGCUUCUGGUGACCUUGGGAAAGGUGUUGAAGGUGAUUGUCGUCAUGCGGAGCCUGUUCAUUGAUCGAACAAUAGUAAAGGGGUAUAGUGAGAAUGUCUACACCCAAGAUGGCAAGCUUGAUAUAUGGUCCAAAUCCAACUAUCAAGUAUUCCAGAAGCAACGCAAGUUGCUUAUAAUUUCGUUCUUGGCGUCAUCGAGCUCAGCAGGAAUUAUUUACUGAGCCCCUUUGCCAUGUGGCGGCACUGUGAGGUGCUGGGAGUACCGGGCCAAACAGGACAGACCAGGAGGCCGGGUACGACGACCCCGGUCAGUACUGGGGGCUGCGGUCAGGAACAACAGGAGGGGCUCCUUCACGCUGGGCAGUCACAGAAGGCCUGCAGGGGGCAAAAUCUGAACCGAGUCAGGAAGCAUGAGAAAGCACAGCCAUUUGAAAGGCCAGAGGAGAUUCCCAGGCAGCUGAAACCUGGCGUUGAGCGCGUUCUAAGGGCUGCUGGAAGUCUGUGUGCUGGGAGCGUGCCGUGCGCCAGGAGGGAGAGCAGGGGAGGCGGAGGGCAGAGCCCGCGCAGGCAGGUGGCUCAGAUCCUGGUACGGAGUUCAGGUUUCUUCUCAAUUCAGUUAGAAACCAUCGGAGGGAUUGGUGCAGAGGAGGAACUCGAUUCUGAAAGCUGGGCCCACAUCAUUUCUUCUUGAGUGGUAAUAGUGCUCAAGGUACGCCAGGUGGCUUAGAAAGCAUAGGGCUUCUUUUAAUUGGGUGCAAUUCACAUAACAUAAAACUAACCAUUUUAAAGUGAACAAUUCCAUGGCUUUCAGUACCUUCACAGUGUUACGGAACCACCACCCCUCUGGUCUCAAAACAUUUUCAUCACCCCAGAAGGAAACCCUGUGCCCAUGAAGCAGUGAGCUUAGGCCUUCAUAGCAAAGGAGCAGGGGGACCACCCUGUGCGAGGGUCUCACUGCAUGGAUUCACACUGUUCCCAGGACCCUCUAAGUGACAGGGUAAGCCAAGGACAGAUGCCCAGGGCUGGGGGAAGCUGAGGUUCCACACCGCACACUUAGGGAGUCCACAUAGGCAUCGACAUUUCAUGGUCCCAGCACAGCCAGACCGCAGUGUGCUGCCUGAACGGCAUUCUGAAAUAGACGGCAUUGGAAGAACUGGUGAACUCCAAAUAAACCCUGGAGUUUACUUAAUAAGUAGCUAGGGUUGGUUUCUCAGUUGUGACAAAUGUACCUGGUAAUGAAAGAUGCUAACAGCAGGAGAGACUGGGUAAGGGGGACGUGGAAACUGUGUGUACCAUCUUUGCAACUUCUCUGGUGCUCUAAAAUUAACCCAAAAGUAAGUGUUUA